UGCAUUUAUUAAUAUCUUAAAAUUUCGCAUCGUUUGUAUAAAUAGGUGCAUCGGAACAGAUUUGCAUUCAAUUGUUCUCAUACAAGAAGAUAAGAUGUUCGUUCUGAAGUUAGUGCUUGUGUGCGUAGUAUUAAUACAAUGUGACGCGGCGUUCGUGGACUCACUACCAAAAUGUAGUAUUAUAGACGACGACUGCAUUGGAGGAGUGUUCGAAAACAGUCUACGAAAAAUCGGCUCAGUUGGUAUCCCGGAAAUAAAUAUGCCUCCCAUAGACCCAUUAAAAGUUACGAACGUAACAAUGAAGGUAUUGGAUAUGGUCAACAUAAUCCUGACCGAUGGAGUUGUUAGGGGAAUCAGUAAAUGCAAAUCUAAAAAAUUUCAUAUUGAAUUGGAAAAACGAACUGGCGUACUAGAACUUAUUUGCGACAUAGUAAUAAAAGGCAGCAUCAUCAUCCAAGGCACAAGUCCAGCACUCCAAGGAAUCUUUGGAACUCCGACAGUUGACGGCGCGGGCAAGGGAAAAGUUAAACUUGAAAAGUUAUUUUUACACUUUGAUUUUCCACUUAUGCCGUUCAAGAAAGACGACGGCAAAGUUUAUUUUAAGGUAUUGCACAAAAAUAUGAAGUACAAGCAUGAUGUUGAAAAAGUCACUUUUGCAGCUGAGAAGUUAAUGGUUGGAUCAGAGGAUAUCAGUAAAGUUGUCAUUCCUUAUUUAAACGAUAAUUAUAAAAUGGUGCUGGAGAUUUUCGGCGGGCCAUUAUUUGAUAAAACUACAGAAAUAACUACUGAUUUUUUGAAAAUAUUCUACGAAAAUACCCCAGCAGACUUGUACAUCGUUGAGAAUUUAAAUUCUUAUCUUAUAAACUAGCACUUGUAAAUAUCUGUAUUUUGAUAUUUGUGGUAAAUAAAUAUUGUUAAUUAAA